GAGGGGGGGGAAGAUGGCGGCGGCGGGGAAAUGGAGUCUGGGCGCCUGUCAGCUCGACGACGGCGGCAGCCAGCGGGCGGUGAGGAGCUCUGCGGCGCGCCCCCAAUUCGUCGAGGGCUCCAUCGUCAGGGUCUUAAUGGAGAACUUUCUAACAUAUGACACGUGUGAAGUACGUCCAGGACCCAACCUGAACAUGAUUGUAGGUGCUAAUGGAACAGGAAAGUCAAGCAUUGUUUGUGCUAUCUGCCUGGGACUGGCUGGAAAACCUUCUUUCAUAGGGCGAGCUGAUAAGGUUGGUCUCUUCGUAAAGCAGGGGUGCUUGAAAGGUGUAGUAGAAGUUGAACUGGCUAAGACACCUGACAACAUCAUUAUCACACGUGAGAUUCAAGUGGUGAACAACACAUCAACAUGGUUUAUCAACAGAAAACCAACAACCCUGAAAACAGUAGAAGAGCAGAUUGCAGCCUUAAACAUCCAGGUGGACAAUUUGUGCCAGUUUCUUCCUCAGGACAGAGUUGGAGAAUUUGCAAAACUGAGUAAGAUUGAGUUGCUUGAAGCCACUGAAAAAUCUGUCGGUCCUCCAGAAAUGUACCAAUUUCACUGUGAACUGAAAAACUUUAGGGAAAAGGAAAGAGAACUGGAGAACUUGUUCAGAGACAAAACUAACUCUUUGGAGAAAAUGAGACAGAGGGUUGAACGAUACAAGCAAGAUGUUGAGAGAUACCAUGAGCGCAAGCGCCAUCUAGACUUAAUUGAGAUGCUUGAGAGGAAAAGGCCUUGGGUGGAAUAUGAAAAUGUUCGUCAGCAGCAUGAGGAAGUGAAACAAAGCCGAGACCAAGCCAAGGAAGAACUGAAGAAUCUGAAAGAAAUGCAGUUCCCAGUGAAAAAAAAAAUCCAAGAAACUGAAGAAUAUUUUAAGAAUCUGGAUAUGAAAAUCAGAGAUAAGGCAGCUGAAAUUAAAGACAUUUCUCAGAAAUGUAAACAGAAACAAGAUGCUUUGGAGAUGAAAGAUAAACAAGUUGAGGAAGUUCAUCAAGCUUUGAGAAUGAAAAAAGAUGAAGAAAUGGACAGACAAGUGAAAAUACACAACACUCAGAAGAUGAUAGAGGAGUGGAAGAAUGAGCUCAGUACAAUGGCAGUCUCUGCAGAUCUUCAGCCACAAACUGAUGCUGUUAAUAAUGAGCUGAAAAAAUUGCAAGAAGAAAGGGCAAAUAUUGAUAGUGAUAUCAGUGAUCUAACAGCAGAGAAAAUGAACCAAAAGAGGGAAGAGAAAAGAAUAACUGAUCGCCUUGGACAACUUAAUAAUAUAAUGAAUAUGAAGGAAGAGAAUCUUAAAGGGAAAUUCCGAGACACACACUCUGCUCUUACGUGGCUAAGAAACAACAAAGACAAGUUUAAAAAAAAAGUUUGUGAACCCAUGAUGCUUGAAAUCAAUAUGAAAGACAAUAGACAUGCUAAAUAUGUUGAAAAUCACAUUUCAUCCAAUGACAUGAGGGCUUUUGUUUUUGAGAGUCAAGAAGAUAUGGAAAACUUUCUUGUGGAGAUGCGUGAUCAUCAGAAACUAAGAGUGAAUGCUGUAUGUGCACCUGCUGAAUCAUGUGCUGAAAGCCUCCCUUCGAGACCUAUUGAAGAACUGCACCGAUACGGAUUUUUCUCAUAUUUACGAGAGUUAUUUGAUGCUCCUCAUCCUGUGAUGAGUUAUCUUUGCUCCCAGUACCAUGUUCAUGAUGUACCUGUGGGAACAGAGAAGACCAGAAACAUGAUUGAAAGGGUCAUACAAGAAACCAAACUUAGGCAAAUAUACACAGCAGAAGAAAAAUACAUUGUUAAAGUAUCUGCUUAUACAAACUUAACCUUCUCUACUAACACAUCCCUGAGGGAAGCACAGUUCCUCACGAGUUCAGUGGACACAGAUGAAAGAAGGCAGUUGGAAAACGAGCAACGGGACAUUAAUAACACACUAAAGUCAUUGGAUAUGCAUUUGACUACAUUGUUUGAGAGACAGAAACAUCUGGAACACAGAGACAACGAGCUCAGGCAACAGAAGAAGGAGCUUUUAGAGAGAGGAAACAGGAGGAGACAGUUGGAAUCAAAAAUUGGUGUGAAGUAUGAUAGUUUAAGACAGCUGGAAGAAGAUGCUAUCAGCCUAGAGGACGAAUAUCAACAGGCAAAUGUAAAGAUCAAAGAAAUAAAUACCCAAAAAGCAAGGCUUGUUACUGAACUAAUGCAUCACAUAAAGAAUUGCAUAUCACUGAACAUCCUCAAAGCAGAUUUGGUCCUUCAGAGCACUACAGUGGCUGCUGAGAAGAACAGACUAGAAUCAGAGUGUAAUGAAGGAAGCGUACAGCUGAGAGCUGCAGAGCAACGAUUUUGUGAACUGGAUGAGAGGAAGCGACUUCUUACAGAGAACUGCAAGGAAUUGCUGAAAAAAGCUCAACAGGUCUGCAAACUCAGUCCGGAUCAACGUCUUCCAAAAGAAUUUCAAACUGCUUUUCAGGCUCUUCCUACCACGUUGGAGGAAAUUGAUGCUUUUCUGAAUGAAGAGAAAACCAGGGCCUCCUGUUUCACAGGCCUGAAUGCUUCGGUUGUUGAAGAAUACAAUAAGCAGAUAGAAGAAAUACAGCAGUUGACAGAAUAUCUAGAGGAAAAGAAAAAGGAAUUGGAUAACUAUAAGCAAAACAUUUCACAGGUCAAAGAAAGGUGGCUAAACCCCUUGAAAAAGCUGAUUGAGCAAAUUAAUGGGAAGUUCAGUAAUUUCUUUAGUUCUAUGCAGUGUGUUGGUGAAGUUGAUCUUCAUGUGGAAAAUGAGGAGGAGUACGAUAAGUACGGGAUUCGCAUUAGAGUCAAAUUCCACCGUAGCACUGAACUUCGUGAAUUGACUCCAUAUCAUCAGAGUGGAGGUGAGAAAAGUGUUUCCACUAUGUUGUACCUGAUGGCUCUACAGGAACUCAACAGAUGUCCUUUCAGGGUUGUAGAUGAAAUAAAUCAGGGAAUGGAUCCAAUGAACGAGAGAAGAGUUUUUGAAAUGGUUGUGAAAACUGCUUGUAAAGAAAGCACAUCUCAGUACUUCUUUAUUACACCAAAGCUCCUGCAGAAUCUCACUUACAAUGACAAGAUGACGGUGUUGUUUGUCUACAAUGGACCUUUUAUGUUGGAGGCAAACAAAUGGAACUUAAAGUCUUUCUGUAGGCGGCGGCGGCGACUUGGAAGGAUGGAUGAACAGUGAUACAUACGUAUAUUUAUAUAUAUAAAAAAUAUAUAAUGGUUUUCUAGAACUUUUUAGAACAUCUGGCUUUCAAGACUUCAGAAAUUGUGAAGGAUGAGAACCUGCAAAAAAUUGAUGAUUAAGAACUUUGGUUCUUAAAAGGUAUAAAAGUGUAACAGAUUUGAAGCACAUUAUUUUGUUUCAGAUGUUUCAAAGUGGCCUCUUUCACCAAAGAGCCUACUUUUUCUCAGUAGUAGUUCUAAAUAAAAUGGAAUUUUCUUGUA